AGUCUCCGAGGCCGUUUUCAAACAGAUCUUCAUUCCACGGACUCUGCAAGAGGUGGAGAAGUUUGAGGAGGAUUUCCAGAAGAUGAGGAUGGGGGAGGGGAGGGAUAUUGCCUACUCGGUUGUGACUGGAAUGAGACCUGAUCUGACUGGGGCUCAGUGUGUGCCUCAACUGCUGCAGCAGGGAGAAGAGGAGGGAGGUGGAGAGGGGGGAGAGGAGGGUGGGUGUGAAGGAAAGAGGGAUGUGGGUAGUGGGGAGAGUGAGGACGAAGAAUCAUCAGAUGGAGAUUGGGAGGAGGAGGAAGAAAGUGUAGAAGGGGAGGAGAAAGAGAAACAUGUGCAGUAUGUUCAUCCAAGAGGAACCAAGAAAGGAGAUCCUGCCCAGUUAGAGCUGAAGAGAGCACACAAGGCGUCUGUGAAAGAGGAGAAGAGAGAAAAGCGCAAGACAAAGGUCCCCAAACACGUCAAGAAGAGAAAGGAGAAAUUGUGGAAACUGAGACAUAGCAAAUAGCUGUCAUCCAAGUCAAAAUUCAUUGUGUGGAAAUACGCGCAAGCAGUUUAGUGCAUCCCGGUCUAGUGGGCAUGCGCGUGCGUGGUCCUGUAUAAAAUGGG